AUGGAGAAAACAAACCAUACUUCAGUGACAGAAUUCAUCUUCCUGGGAUUUGGCAGCCCCCAGAAAAUCAAGAUCCUUCUCUUCAUGCUUUUCUUGUCCAUCUACAUGCUGUCACUCUUGGGGAAUUUCCUCAUUAUUGGCAUUGUCCUGAUGGAUCCCCUCCUUCAGACCCCCAUGUAUAUCCUCCUGGGGAACCUCUCAUUCCUGGAGAUUUGGUACACAUCAGUCACUGUGCCCAAGCUGCUGGGCAACUUUUUGUCCAGAAGUAUCACCAUCACCGUAAGCAGCUGUGUGACUCAGUAUUACUUCUUCUUCUCCCUAGGAGCAACUGAAUGCUUCCUCCUUGCUGUCAUGGCUUAUGACCGCUACUUGGCCAUCUGCAACCCACUGCGUUAUGCCACCAUCAUGAGCCCCAAAUUGUGCCUCCAUCUUUCUGCCAGCUCUUGGGUUUGUGGCUUCCUUUCCCCGCUCCUUCCCACAAUCCUAAUCUCCCAGCUAUCAUUUUGUGGCCCUCAGAAAAUCAACCAUUUCUUUUGUGACUCGGACCCAAUCUUCAAGUUGUCCUGUUCUGACACGUUUGUGCAGGAAGCUGUCGGGUAUACUUGCAGCUCUGUGGUCAUCUUGAGUUCUUUCCUGCUUACUAUGUCAUCCUAUGUUAACAUUGUGGCCACUAUUAUAAAGCUGUCGUCUGCAAAAGCUCGGAAAAAAACUUUCUCCACUUGUGCCUCUCAUCUCACAGUGGUAACCAUCUAUUAUGGGACAAUUAUAUUCACUUAUGUCAGACCCCCGGCCAAAUAUAAUUUUGACUUGGGCAAAGUGGUGUCUGUCUUCUAUUGUGUCAUUACCCCACUACUAAACCCUUUGAUCUAUACUCUAAGGAAUAACGAUGUGAAAACAGCAAUAAGGAAAACUUUGCUGAGGAGGAGAUCAAUCACAUGGAAAAACAACCACGAUACUGAUGGUGUUGUAAAAUAG